GACAAGCGCGCUAGCGCUCGUGACAUACACAAACGCGCUAGCCAGAAUGCUUUGACUUUGAUGGCUUUCAGCUUCUAUUUUUUGAAAAGUAGCGCGCUCAGACCAGCUCGCUCACUCUUUUCCUCUUCCAUUUUUUAGGGCAAUUGUUUUGUUUGAUAGACGAAGCUUAGGGUCUCUUUGGGUUUGCAACCCUUACCCUCCUGGAAAAAAUCAUAGUUGCUAGACUGCGACACUUCAGACCAGGUACUAUUAGAGCCGCUAAUGGACGACGAGCUAUUUUCCGCUAUCCGGAGCUCAAGCAUUUGAGCCGCUAAAUGGACGAGACUCCUGGGGUAAAGGAUGCAGAGAAUGAGGAGAAAACACUCGUAUGGAGCAGGGAGUAGGUAUUGUACUACUUCCUGGUAUGGAGCACUGAGAAGCGCAAUGUGCAACAGAAAUUACCAUGGUGAUACAGUAGAUUACCGUGUGAAGCGGUGUGAGAUGCAGCAAAGCAUUAGGCGAUUUGAUCGCAGGACAAGAGAGGAGCUGAUGGACGAUCUCUCCAGUGUCCCUCUUGGUUCGGAGCAGCGCCGAGUGCUGACGUUGGGACUUGGUAACCACCCCUGUAGUAUGGGCAAAGGUGUGUUCACUGGGGAGUUGAUCCGUAUCCGUCGGUCUUCGACCCUUGACCACCACUACGAAGCUGCUGCCGAGCGGCCGAAGCAGGCUUUCCGGGCCCGUGUAUACAAGCGCUCCAUCUUUCAUCUUUCAGACCCGUACACUAGGAAUGGAUGCGCAGGGAAGAGUUCUAGCAUCCGUAGCUGCCUCAGGGGGUGCCACUUCUCCCAUCAGCGUCGACUAGUCCGCCGAUCUCACUCAGCUCUGCUCUCCGAGCAUGCUGCUUCCAACACGACUUCCCGAAAGAAAAUGUGCUCGCGCAUUAGAGGGAGGUGAAAGAUGCACCUGCAGGAGAAUACAUGCUUAAGAGAAGGCAGAAACAUGCCCGGAUCCACCAGAACUAGUGCUGGCAAGUCAACAGAGGCGAGUACUGAUAAUGUUCCAGAUUGUGGUAGGAUCACAUAAGCAAAAUUGACACUGGGAGGCACGGCGGUGGGUCAGCUCAUGGCCAGCGCCAGCUCCAGUGGAUAUCACGUGCAUCCAGUUCUAGUACUAUAGUAUGACUGCUACAAAGUAGUGUGGCCCAAAUAGAACUCGGGUCAGGUGCCGAAGAACUGGGGGGUGGGGGCAUGUAUCAAUGAAUGGUAAUAACUCCGGAAAUCAUGCUGGUGUAUCGAGGGCGUGGGCCAAUGAAGUGCUGGAUUGAUGGUGGACGACUGUACUGCAAUCUUGGCUGGUCCCACUAUCGCAGAGACAGCACUUCCUGGUGCAACCACCCUAUCCUGCAAUCUAUAUAAUAAUUAUUAUAAGAGAUUUGUGUGAACGAUUUUAGCAUGAUGCAAGUCAACUUAUUGUGCUGGGGGCCUGGCUACAUGUCACUAUAGCUUUUUAUAGACUCGAUCACCGCAUUACGCUGCCUUGCGUUGACUUGAUUGAGCACUCUUUUUGGUUAGUGUCAAAGGUAUAUGUAAUAUGUAUCUGCCUUCGUGCAAAGCUCUCUUUGUGCGUGUCUUGCAGAUAGCUCGCUGACUUUGAUGCUUUGAGCCAUUUUCAAAUUGCUUUUUUUGUUCAUUUCAUAUAGACCGUAUUGCCAUUUGUUUAACCUCC